UCUCUCAAACACUCACUCACUCAUCCAUCACUUCCUCUCUCCCAAAAACACACUAAGAAAAAUGAUUCUCAAAGCUGCGCCUGCGUUUAAUCUGUUGAAUUCGCAGGCUGAAAAUUUGAGCGCUCUGUUCCUCUCAACUUCCUCUUCUCUCGCGGUUAAGAAUCUCGACGGGAGAAACGGAAAUGGAUUCGCGGUGUGCGCCGCCAAGCACACCAACAGCAAGCCCCUAACCGGCGUCGUUUUCGAGCCGUUCGAAGAGGUCAAGAAGGAGCUCAUGCUUGUGCCUAGCGUCUCUCAAGCCUCUCUUGCUCGCCAUAAGUAUUCCGACGACUGUGAGGCCGCCAUCAACGAACAAAUCAACGUGGAGUACAAUGUUUCGUAUGUGUACCACGCGAUGUUCGCCUAUUUUGAUAGAGACAACGUUGCUCUCAAAGGACUUGCUAAGUUUUUCAAGGAGUCUAGUGUUGAAGAAAGAGAGCAUGCUGAAAAAUUGAUGGAAUACCAGAACAAGCGAGGCGGAAAAGUGAAGCUGCAGUCGAUUGUGAUGCCGCUUUCGGAGUUCGAUCAUGCGGAGAAAGGAGAUGCAUUGUAUGCUAUGGAGUUGGCACUGUCUCUAGAAAAGUUGACUAAUGAGAAGCUUCUAAAUCUACAUGCUGUAGCCUCUAAAUGCAAUGAUGUGCAACUGACUGAUUUUGUUGAGAGCGAGUACUUGGGGGAGCAGGUGGAAUCUAUCAAGAAAAUAUCUGAAUAUGUUGCACAGUUGAGGAGAGUGGGUAAAGGCCACGGUGUUUGGCACUUUGAUCAGAUGCUGCUUGAGGAGGCCGUUGCUUGAAAAUUAGUCGAUCUUUAACCUGGCUUGCCACCCUGCGCAGCUCACUACCCCAUUCGAUUUUGCAUAGUGAACUUGUGUGUGCUAGUUUGAUAAGAUGGUAUUGAUGCAUGAAGUUUAUAUGACUUGUCUAGUAGCAGUAUCAGAAUUUCUUAGUAGCUGGUGCAUCCGAUGCGAGGAUGGGUAGAUUUUACAAUUCGACAUUUCUAUCUAAUGCGUUUCUUGAUAUAUUUUACUUGCUUGUUUGAUUU